UCAGUUAUAAUAUUGCUAUCAAAGUGUUACAUACAUUUACUUGUUAAUUUAAAAAUGGUUUUGGAGGCUAAUUCUACAAACAAACAGACAACUUCAUCUGUUGAUAAAUAUGAAAAAGAGGUGGACCUUCAGAAUGAUUGCAGAUCAUUUUAUCUUAAUCGUGUGAAAGCAACUGAAAAUCUGAAGCAAAAGUUGGAGAAUAAAAACGAAGCAUGUGAAUCAAAGAAGACUUCUAUGUCGAUGGCUAUGGAUAGAUUACGGCUUGAAAUGACAUCUCUUGUCGACCAAGAUCUUUCCCUAAUGAGGCAGCUACUUACGCUGAAUGAAACAAUCGAGGAGCUGAAAAACAAGAGGCUAUAUGGUGUAAGCAAAGAUUCUUUAGAUGACAGUGCAGACUAUCUAAAAGACAGCACGUGUCAUCUGAGUAAAAGCGUGUCCACCAUGUCACUUGGCAGUGACUAUUCUUGUGAGUGUAGUGGAUCCGAAGAUGACACGGACCAGAAGAAAAGAGAUGUAGACUCUGGCUAUGGAGAAUGAUUCAAUACUAAACAACUGUAUAUCUGAAUAUUCUAACCAUAUUCAUGAAGGCAGUCGCCCCCUAGUUACAACUAGAAGAGAGAGUCUUAGUGUCAACCCCUUAAUGACAACAAGAACAGUGUUUCUGGAGAUCGCAGAAGGGACCUUGUUACGAGCAACAGACACACUGACACGAGGCUUACAAUAUAUAGUGACAAUUUCUAUAUUUAUCUCAAAGAACACUGUGUUAAAAUAUAGAUUAUUGAACAAUCCAAUUGACUACUUACGAAAUGUAUAACGUUGUGUAUG